AACUCGCGGCGUAUUUGUGCGCCGCCUAUCGAAGACGUUGGUGUAGAAAAGACUAUACCGCACCCAGGUUACAACAAUGCGCGCAAAACCAAUGAUGUUGGCUUGGUAAAGCUGAACCGACCGGUGCAUUUCCAAAAGCAUAUUAAGCCAAUCUGUUUGCCAAUCAUUCCCGAAGCUGGACAAAUACCCACAGACCGACGCUUCUUCAUAGCCGGUUGGGGUGGCACCGAAAAUAGCAAAACUGCGAAUAUAUUGCAAAAAGCGUUGGUGCCAUUUAAAACACGCGAACAAUGCCAAAUGAUCUUUCGGCGAACUCGCAUCAACGAAAAUCAUCUCUGCGCUGGUGGCGACGGACUAAUUGACACAUGCAAAGGCGACUCUGGAGGUCCGCUCUUCUACUUGGCACCGUACAGUGGGCCCCAAAAAACGUUACGCUAUGUACAAUAUGGUAUUGUUUCCUUUGGUGGUACUGAAUGUGGCAGUGAUAAAAAUUCGCCUGGUAUCUAUGCCAACGUAGCGCACUUUAUGCCUUGGAUAACCAGCCAUAUUGUUUAAAUUAAUUGACUGUCUUUAUUUGUAAGAUGUUUGUGUAGAAUUUAUUGCUUAAAGAAAUGCUUUUAUACUUGUAUUUAUAGUAUUUAUUGACAAAGUAGAAUAGAUUAAUAAAACAUAUAAC